UACUACAAAGAAAAGUUUGGAAUCUCAGAUUUGCCAAGUAUUGACGUGAGCAAGAAGGAACCACCUCCAGUAAAACAGGAAUUACCUCCUUAUAAUGGUUAUGGAUUAAUUGAAGACUCUGCUCAGAACUGCUUUGUCCUGAUUCCAAAAGCUCCAAAAAGUGAUGUUGUUAAAAUGCUGCUGAAUGAUAACAAGGUGCUUCGUUAUUUGGCUGCACUGCAAACGAACUAAAGAGGGUCCAGGUGUGCAAGAGCUGGAGGCAUUAAUAGAUACAAUCCAAAAGCAAUUGAAAAGCCAUCCGUACAAAGACAACAUUCGUGAAGCAUUUCAAGACCAGGACAAAGAAGCUUCAGGAUUUGUGGAUAAAGAGAUGUUCUUUAAAAUUUGUGACUCUCUCAGCAUCCCAGUUGAUGACUCCUUGAUUAAAGAGUUAAUCAGAAUGUGCACUCAUGGAGAAGACAGGAUCAAUUAUUUUAACUUUGUUCAUGCGUUCUCACACUGACCUGGCCAGUACAGUGCCAUUCUUUGAGGUCAGACCCACACUUCGAAAUCUAAUAUGCAUCCUCUGUGUAGACAAUUAUAGAGCUUGUGAAAGUAUAAUUCUUCCUCAGUUCUGUCCCUGAGGUCCAAAAUAAAUUGGAAUCCUGUAGAAACCAAAA